UCAUCCCAGAAAUUAGCCAAUAAUUUUGGACGUUGAUCUUGGAAUUGAGCUUGGAAGUUCCGAUAUUGCUUGUAACUAGGCGUUGGUUCAGAACCCUUCCUUGAAAAUGCGCUUGGGAAGUUCCGAUUUUGCUUGUAAUUAGUGUGCCAGUCGGAACUGAUUCGAAGAACCAAUGUUUUUUUAUCAGGUCCCGGAUAUCCGAAGGUUUUCCAAGAACCGACAGCCUUACUUGUAUUCGUAGUACCAAUCCUAUUUUUGGCCGUUUUUUCUUGUAUUCGUCCCUCAAGAACAUGGUAGAGACUAGAUUAUCAUUCAUUGGAAGGGAGACUCUAUUUCAUUUUUUUAACUCUAUUUUUAAGACAAUAAACGGAUAUCCGAAGAUCUUCCCAAAAACCGACGACCCUACUCGUAUUCGUACUACCAACCCUAGUUUUGGCCGUUUUUUCUUGUAUUUGUACCUCAAGAGCAAGGUAGAGACUAGAUUAUCAUUCAUUGGAAGGGAGACUCUAUUUCAUUUUUUUAACUCUAUUUUUAAGACAAUAAACGGAUAUCCGAAGAUCUUCCCAAAAACCGACGACCCUACUCGUAUUCGUACUACCAACCCUAGUUUUGGCCGUUUUUUCUUGUAUUUGUACCUCAAGAGCAAGGUAGAGACUAGAUUAUCAUUCAUUGGAAGGGUCAUGGAAUAG